GCGGUGGCGGCGGCGGGAUGGAGCGGGAGCUGCUGCGCCAGGCGCUGAGUUACCACGGCCCCGAGCUGCUCUCCCUGCUCCGCGCCGAGCAGCACGACAACCCCGACUUCCGAGGGCUGCUGCCGCCGCCGGGGGCCUCCCUGGAGCCGCCCCGCGGGGCCCCGCACCCGCCGGACGCCUGGAGAGAGGGCGCGGACCUCGACAACAAGAUAAAGCGCUUCAUUGCCAAAAAGGCCGAUCUCCUCUUCGCCCACUCGUGGAAGCCCAACGGGCCGCCCUGCGAGACCAUCGAGGAGAAUGACGAGUGCUACGCCGUUCUGCCUCCCCUGGAGCGGUUCAUGGAGGUUCCCAGGGAGGACAGGAGAGAGUUUUUUUUCCGAGACAUCGAGCGGGGGGACAUCGUGAUCGGCAGGAUUACCUCCAUUCGCGAGUUCGGCUUCUUCAUGGUGUUGAUUUGUCUGGGAAGUGGGAUCGUACGGGAGAUUUCCGACGUAGAGAUCACUGCUCUCUGUCCUUUGCGAGAUGUGCCUCCUCAAAGCAGCCACGGGGAUCCUUUAUCUUAUUAUCAAACCGGAGACCUCAUUCGAGCCGCAGUCAAGGACGUUGAUCGUUACCACCAGAAGCUGACGGUGUCUCUCUACAGCUCAGCUCUGCCACCCAACCUUUCCAGUACAAAGCUGGGCGUGAUCACUUCCGAUGACUUCCCGCUGCAUUAUAAGCGAAGCUUGGAGGUUGCUAACACAGGGGAGACGUUUGAGGAGGUUUUGCAUCGUUGCCCAGGAUUUGCUAAUCCCUCCUUGGUUGAAUACUUAGCAGAAAAACUGGGACUAAGUGAAUCAAAUCCACCGUCUUUGAUGAGAAGUCUUCAAAUGAAAAAUUUUAAUGAAGAAGAUUUUGCUCCUGCCCUGAGGAAAAAGCAAUCUGCAUCCUGGGCCUUGAAAUGCGUGAAGGCUGGGGUUGAUUAUUUCAAGGUCGGGCGCCACGUGGAAGCCAUGAACGAGUACAACAAGGCUCUGGAAAUCGACCCGCAGAACGUCGAAGCUUUGGUGGCACGUGGAGCUCUGUACGCGACGAAAGGAAGCCUGAACAAAGCCAUAGGGGACUUUGAAAUUGCUUUAGAAAACUGUCCUUCCCAUAGGAAUGCCAGGAAAUACCUCUGUCAGACCCUGGUGGAAAGAGGCGGGCAGUUGGAAGAAGAAGACAAGCUACUAAACGCUGAGAAUUACUAUAAAAAAGCCUUAAGCUUGGAUGAGAGCUUUCAGGAAGCAGAAGAGGCCUUGACGAAGCUCCGUAAGCACAUGCAGAAAUCUUUGGAAAUGAGGGAGAAACAAGCUGCCAAAGAAGAGAGACAGAAAGAAAAGAAAGUAGAAACGAGUGCAGAAAAAUUGCGUAAGCUCUUAAAAGAAGAAAAAAGGUUGAAGAAGAAAAGGAAAGUAUCAACUUCCUCCUCUUCCUCCUCCUCCUCUUCCUCCUCCUCCUCAUCGAGUGAUUCCUCAUCCGAUGUAUCAGUUUCUUCUUCCUCCUCUUCCUCUGAUCACAAGAAACGUAGGAAAAAGCGUCGGAAAAGAUCCCAGUCUGCCCGCAGCUCCAAAAAAAGCUCAUCUCGAGCUGCUUCUUCCCACUAUAGAGAUGAGAUGAGGAAAGAGGAGUGGUACUCGCCUCCGGCCGAUACCUCCGCUUCCUUCCUUAACCAAAGUUUUGAAGUGGAGAAGCUGCUGGAAAGGCAGGAGAGCGUAGUGUGCCCCAAACCAGAGGGAAGAGGGAAAGACAGACGCAGUUCUUUUUCGAGGACUUCAGGUGAUGAUGAAGACUCUUUUGGAGGUAGGUCUGAAGAUUCAAGAGAUUCUCACAGUAGCUCCAGGACCCUGCCGAGCAGUAGCAAAACCGAAAAAUAUGGUAAAACUGACAGAUUUUUCUCCAGUUGGAGGGGUUCUUCAGGAUGGUACCAUAAGUCAGGUGAUAAACCCAGGAUGCAUUAUUUUAGGAAAUUUGAAAGGGACGUAGAGGGGAGAAAAGAGCAGUUUAGAAGGUAUGGCUCAGGGCAAGACAGGUAUCACACGUCUCCUGCGGGGUGUGAGUAUUGGGGCAGGUCAGGGGGGAGGUACAGGUCGUAUCCGAGCACCUCCUCACGGGAAGGGGAGAGAAGUUACGACAGCGAGAGGCCUGGCCCCAGUCAGGAUAAAAAUGAAAGUGAGUGUAAAGGCAGGGGAAGUUCUGAGGAGAGUGAUGAAAUGAAGGAACCAGAGGAGGAAACGUCUGUAAAUGGCACAGCACAAACAGAGAGCGGCGUUAAGAGAAACCUGCCCCAGAACUUAGUUAACAUAUUUAACCAGAUAGCUGAGUUUGAGAGGGAAAAAGGAAGUAAACAGAAGAAACAGUAAAGUACCCAAGAAAACACUAUUCUGCUGAGUGUAGUUAAAUGAACUUUUAUCUGAGCAUCUCCCGAGGAAAUGCAUAAAAGGGUGAUAAAAAGGCAGAAUUUGUUCUGCUUGAACAAUGUCAAAGAGUCCUUAAGGUAAAGAUUGUGUGGUGGAGAGAGAUGCACGGAUAUCUUACUUAAAAUACCAGUUAUUUAAAAUCUGAGUUUCCUGUGCUCUUAGCUUGGGCUGUUCCUGUACAAUGUCCUCUGUCUGAUGGGGUGACAUCCUUUGGUGCCCCCGCCCUGUAGGUAGUUGUGGGGCUCACACCAGAUCUGCACUUUAACAGAUGGGCUCUCUUUGAUUUUCUCGUUCCCUGAGGUACUAUCAACUCUCAAUAUUUUUGUAUGAAACUAAACUUCCAGCUCUAGAAAGGGGAUAACUGAAUGAAAGUCAUGUGCCAUCAUUGUAUAUAGCUCAUUUGCUCAUUAAAUUUUCUUAAUUUUUCUUAA